AGAAAUCACCCGACUAAUAUGAAAAUUAGGGUUAACUGGUGAAGGCUACACCAGCCACACGGGUAGUCGGCUAGUGUUCCGGUAAGUUAAUAUAACUGAUAAAAUGAAAAAAAGCGUAUGUUAAUUACCUUAAUUCUAUUAUCAGCUUGUAUUAUAUAAUGCAUUCAGAAUUAAGCAUACUGUCUUACCGAAUAUCUAGAGCUGCUAUUCCAUACGCUGUUGUUGCCAAACAUGAGACGGCGAACCGCAUACGUCACGCUGCACACCUUCACCUGUCCUGUCGAAAGUUGUCCGCUGCACACGACGCUCCUCCCCGCAGGUUUUUUUUAGCUUCCAAUAAAACCGAACUCUAGCUAUCCACUUAAGAGGAAUUCGACUCGUCCUGUGGCUACAAACAUUGGAGAAAUGUUGAUGGUCCAAACAACCACAGGCGAAAUGACAGCGGUGGCCGGGCCCUGGGAGGAGUUGAUGGAGGGGGAAGACGACAGCUACCUGUCCGGCUCCACCAUGACCCUUGACCUCCUGGACGAUGAACCCCCUGCCUUACGUCACCCCGAGCCACGCCCCCUGACCCACUCCCAGCCAAUCACCAUCAGCCCUGCCAGGGUGAAAGCUGAUGAGGGCCGGUGGUCCUCCUCUUUGCCCUCCAUACCCAAUCCCUUCCCAGAGCUGUGUAGCCCUCCCCAAUCCCCUGUGGUGAUUGGCUCAGUCCCACCAUCGGCAAGCGACAAACAUCUGAUCAGGGUGUUUGGGGAGGACAGCUACAGCCGGUCUCUGUGGGUGUCUCGUGGGGCUACAGCCAAGGAGGUGUGCCAUCUGCUGGUACAGACAGCUCACUGCAGCGACCAGGAGAGCUGGGCCCUCAUCGAGUUCCACCCCUCACGCGGCCUUGAGCGAUGUCUGGAGGACCAUGAGAUGGUUCUGCAAGUCCAGACCUCCUGGUCCAUCAAGACUGACGCCAAGCUGCUGUUCCGGAAGAACUACGCCAAGUACGAGUUCUUCAGAACCCCCACUCUCUUCUUCCCAGAGGCCAUGAUCUCUGACAGCGCAGACGCCUCCCACGGCAUCAAGUCCUCCGAACUCAUCGAGACCCUGCUGCGGUCGGGUUCGUGUCCGGAGAUCCAGGGCUUCCUGCAGGUGAAGGAGCACAGCCGCCGCGCCUGGAAGAGGGUCUACUUCCUGCUGCGUCGCUCCGGCCUCUACUCCUCCACCAAGGGAUCCUCCAAGGAGCCUCGCCACCUCCAGUGUGUAGCAGACCUGGGCCAGCUCAGUGUCUUCCAGGUGGUGAACGGUCGUCGGCUGUACGGAGCGCCCAGCAACUACACCUUUUGUAUCAAGCCUGCCAGAGAGCCUGUGCACACUCGUGGUCUGAAGCUGCUCUGUGCCGAGACUGAAGAGGCUCGCACCUGCUGGACCUCCGCCUUCAGGCUCUUCAAGUAUGGGAAACAGCUUCAUUCUAACUUCCAGUUCUCAAAGUCAGCUGCUCAGUGGUCCAACGACCGGACAGAAACCAGACUGAGGGGCUCCGACGCCAGCCUGGUUGCCAUGGAUUUCUCGGGCAGUGCGGGGCGAGUGAUCAGCGCCAGCGAAGCCAAGAGUGUUGAGCGAGAGGAGGGGCAGAGCUGGAGGAGAAGAGAAGCCCUCCUGGGCAACCUAGCCGGCCGGGCCCCAGGCCUCAGACCAGACUCUGGGGUUCCAGGGGCCGGCGGAGCCAGAGGGGCUGGAGGAACCAAAGGGACCUCAGCCAGCCAAGGGGCCCGGCCCUCUUCCAUCCACAGGGGUCACCCAUGGUUCCAUGGGGGUGUCUCCAGAAGGGAGGCCGAAAGGCUGGUGGAGGAGCAGGGUCUGGUGGAUGGUAUGUUCCUGAUCCGGGACAGUCAGCAGCAAGCCCUUUGCUUUGUUCUCUCUCUGUGUCACAAACUCAAGACGAAACACUACUUGGUCAUACCGUGUGAGGAAGGAGGCCGCCAGUACUACUCCAUGGACGACGGGGUGACGGUCUUUGCUGACCUGCUGCAGCUGGUGGAGUUCCACCAGAUCAACCGAGGAAUCCUCCCCGUCUGCCUCAAACACCCCUGUGUGGGUGUAGCACUUUGACCUCUACCCCGCCCUCUAGCUUAACCUCCACCCUCUAGCACCACCUCCAGCCUGUCACACCACCUCCACCAUCGGUUCCAAACCCAAGCUCCAUCUCUGUCUUCACCACCACACCUCCACCCUCCAGCUCCACCUCCAGCAUUGGUUCCAAACUCAAUCUCCACCUAUACUACCACCAUCACACCUCCACCCUCUAGCUCCGCCUCUACUUCUAACCUUUAACUCCAUUUCAACCUCCAACCUUUAGCUCCAUCUCCAACCCAACCCCCACCCUCUAGCUCCAGCUCCACAUUCACUCCACUGCCACCCCAAUAUUUACCAGAAUCACUGUCACUAUCUCCAGGGAUAUGUAUAAAUGUGUGUAUAUAUGAUCCUCUUCGACCAGAAACCUGGAACAGGAAGUAACCCAAACACUUUUUCUUUAAUAAGAGAUAAUGGGAUUGUAUCAGGCAACGCCUAGUUUUUACCCUAAUAAUUAUUCGGUUCCAUUCCAAUAUAGGGCGGGCUUAUAAAGUCUGGUUGCACAAUAUACAAAUAAUUUACAUUUUUACACGAGAUAAGAGCGUCUGGAUUUUCGUUGUGACGAAAACGUAGACGUUAAUGUUGGCCACCUGGUGUCGCUGUUGACUUAAUUUAACCGUUUCUUGAAAUUGUGAGAGAUGCGCAAUAUUUCGCCGGUAGCGUAUUUUAAAUUAUAUAUUUAAUAAAACUGUCUAAUUACUUACGUCUCUGUUGGUGGCUAACAGGUGUAGUCUAACAGCCUGUUGUUCUUUUGUUCGCACAUUCUAUGUGAAUGCUGCAUCCUUAAUGUUUUUUAAUUGGAUUGGUCAUUAUCAUUAGUUCUACGAUGUUGGCAUUAGUCGCAGAUUUUCAUCAAAGUUAAUAUGAAGGUUAACAUUAUUGUUUAUUAAAUACAUUUUGGGUUUUGUUUCAUGUUUACAUUCCAAUAUUGGCUGAAUAAAUUAUUUCAAAUGUUAACAUCGUUCUGAUUAUCUCAUCAAAGCUUAAAGGACACAAAAUAAAAUAUUUAGCAUUUAUGUAUUUACGUGUUUACAAUUCGCUUCUAUCGAUCUGUGUGUGUGUGUGUGUGUGUGUGUGUGUGUGUGUGUGUGUGUGUGUGUGUGUGUGUGUGUGUGUGUGUGUGUGUGUGUGUGUGUGUGUGUGUGUGU